AUGCUCCUACCCUAUCUAUAUAUAACUCACUCCUCUAUUACAAGACCAUUUUUAAUCCUCUUUUCUUCUUUCCUUCCUUUGAUUUUUAAUUUUCCUGUGAAGAAACUAUUGUUUUUAAUAUUUUAUUUAAUUCUUGCUUUUCUCUUACGUCUUCCUUUUUCUUCUUUUUCGUCUUUCCUCUUCGUCUUCGCCUUUCCUCUUCGCCUUUCGUCUUUCCUCUUCGCCUUUCGUCUUUCCUCUUCGCCUUUCGUCUUUCCACUUCGCCUUUCGUCUUUCCACUUCGCCUUUCGUCUUUCCUCUUCGCCUUUCUUCACGCAUACUUUAAUUUUUCUCAUUUCCUUCGCUUUCAUUUUAAACUUACCUACCCAUUCGCGUUCUUCCUUUUUGUUUUUCUCUCAUCCUAAUCUCUCUUCCACGGUCACCAGCUUUUUGUUCACUUCAACCUCCCCCACCCAUUUAUCUUCCUCCCACUCCACAUAUUCUGGAUCUUUUUAUUCGUAUUCCAUAUUAAAAGGUCAUUCACUUUCUCUUACUCCUUCUUUUUUACUCUCCCAUUCUUCCCAACUUUCUGCUUUUCCCCCACUUUUCCCCUUUUCCCCUCAUUUUUUAUUUCAUCUCUCUUCUAAAUCUUUCUUCUCCCAUUUUAAUCAUCCUUUAAUCUUUUCUUCUUUCUAUCUUUCCCAUCCUCCAUUCUCUGCUAAUUUUGUCCUUUUUUUUUCUCUUCUUUUCCUCCUCGGCAUUCAUUUGAUUCAUCGUCGUCUUCACUUUUGCGCUUUUGCUCUCAGUCAAUUUUUUUUUUCUGUUACGUUUCAUUUUCCUUCACUGGUGUAUUUCUGCAAUAAUUUUUGA